AUGGAGUUUAUGGAGACCGUCCGAUCUAGGUCACCUCUCUCUCCAGCAGCUUGCUGCUCCCUUGUAAAGUCUCUUUCCCCGACUGUUACGCCGUUUCGGUGGGAAGCUCUCGUGUACCAGUACACGCACAAGACGGCCAGCGGACCGAAAUGCCUGUGGCUGGGAAACGAAUUCAAGGGGUACGCAAAUCAUUCCUCACUUGAGGCCCACCCAGUACAACAGAUCCCGCGAAACCGGAGGACUGUGAACCGAGCUUAUGGAGGAGUUCUAUCUGGAGGGGCAGUGCGGGAAAGGAUAAUCCUUAACCAAACACACCUUCAAAGUAUUCGAGCCUUCUUGGUUGAAGAGCAGAAGAUCGUCAAGAAGGUGCUGAAGAUCCAGAAGGCGAAAGAGCGGCAAGUCUCCAAGAGCUAA